AUGACAAUCAAGUUUGUGCUCAUCCUCUUCAUAGUUCUCGAUCAAGGUGCUCGUUCGGAUCUACUGGAAUAUGGCGACGACGAUGAAGAUCCCAACGAUACCACUGUCAAUCAAAUGCUGGUUCCCAGGUCGCACCAGGAGGAUGCCACACUUGUACUGAACAAUUUGCUCAAGGAAUACGACAAGACUCUGCGGCCGGACAUUGGAGUGAAACCUACAGUCGUCAAUGUGGGCAUCUAUGUCAACAGCAUCGGGCCUGUGUCAUCCAUUGAUAUGGAGUACCAGAUCGAUAUUAUCUUCGCCCAGACCUGGGUGGACACCCGUCUGCGCUACAACAGCAGCAGCAGCAUGCGACUAACCCUCAACAGCAAUAUGGUCGGCUUGAUCUGGCUGCCCGACACCAUCUUUAGAAAUUCCAAGAAUGCCGACUCUCACUGGAUAACAACGCCGAAUCAGCUGCUCCGGAUCUGGAACAAUGGAAAAGUACUCUACACGUUGAGGAUGACCAUCAACGCAGAAUGCCAGCUGCAGCUCCAUAAUUUCCCAAUGGACGAACACUCCUGUCCUCUUGUCUUCUCCAGCUACGGCUACCCACGGGACGAGAUUGUGUACAAGUGGAACCGGAACUCGGUGGAGACCUCAGACCAGAAAUACUGGAGGCUUUACCAGUUUGAUUUCAUGGGGCUCAGAAACACCACAGAUGUGCUCACGACGACAGCAGGUGAAUAUGUGGUGAUGAGCGUGUACUUUGACCUCAGCCGAAGAAUGGGCUACUUCACCAUCCAGACCUACAUCCCCUGUAUCCUGACUGUGGUCCUCUCCUGGGUGUCCUUCUGGAUCAAGAGCGAUGCCACACCUGCAAGGACGGCCCUAGGCAUCACCACAGUGCUAACAAUGACCACCCUGAGCACAGUUGCCAGGAACUCGCUACCUAGAGUGUCCUACGUGACGGCCAUGGACUUGUUCGUCACCGUCUGUUUCCUGUUUGUCUUUGCUGCCAUGAUUGAGUACGCCAUGCUCAACUACUACUCCUACAGUAUACGCAGACCUCCUGUCAAGACGCAGAGAAUGGCCUACUCAUCCUUCACCAUGGGUCACACACCUCGGUCCAUGAUGCCCAUGGGCAACUCCUUGUUCUGGCAGGACUAUGACGACAACUGCCUGUACGAGUGCUUGGACGGGAAAGACUGCCAGAGCUUCUUCUGCUGCUAUGAGGAGUGUAAAGAAGGCGGCUGGAGGAAAGGACGCAUCCACGUCAACAUCGGCGAGCUGGAUGCUUACUCUCGGGUUUUCUUUCCCACCUCCUUCUUGCUCUUCAACAUAGUCUACUGGGUCAGCUACCUCUACCUCUAGGCGGUCUUGGGCUGUGAUCCGCAGGCCCCACUGAAACAGCCACAGUCCCUGCCACUUUGCAAAACUAAACAUGGAGGAGAAAAUAAAAGGUGGAUGCGUUCUUUGGGAAUUGUGAAAGACAUGCAGCCUCUGGAGGGGUAAAAAGUGCAUUUGUACUAGAGUGCACAGUUUAACAGCCAUGAUACUUUGAGCAGUGGCACUCCGAGGAGAAUACAACGCUCAGCAGUACAACAACAAGUCGCCAGCAUUAACUUGAAUGGAAAGGUCCCAGUUAUGACUCUCAGAAACCAAACAGACAGCUGUUACUGCAGAGACGUUCAGGGACAGGGUUGCAUUGCUAAGUCUUGGUCAUAGAGAUGGGGAAGCACCCAUAGUGCCUUCUUUAGAAAGGGUGCGGCACUGAGAGACAGAGAGGAGUUCCCUCCAUUAUCUUCAUUACCUCAUCCAUCACACCGCCGCAUGCUGAUCUGUCUAUUCUUUAAUAAAACAAACCUGGAACACUAACACUGGAAAUGUGUAGAACUAACAUUCACCAUUUAUUUUAUAGCACAAUGGUUUUAGUUGUACUCUAGAAUUAGUUCUGAUUUCUAAUAAUAGCAACCUUUUCUUAUCAUUAAUAUUAGAAUUAGGUGUAUUUUCAUAGCAAGUCAAAUAGCCUGCCCAUCAGUUGUUAAUUGUUAAAUAUGAGUUAGUGUCAGGGCCAGUGGUUGUCUGGUAAAAUCUAGUUUUUUUUAAGUCAGUGAGCUUUUGUUCAUGAUGCUUUAUAACCAAGCAAUGCAGUUUACAGUAGAUGCCAAGAAGAUUUAGGUGUUUCAUAAUAAAUG